AGAUUGAAACACUUGUUUAAUUUUUUUCAGGCCCAACAUAAUACAAGAAUGCUGGCUACGUAUGCAGCUAUUGAUCCUAGAGUGCAAUAUCUGGGUUAUACAAUGAAAGUUUUUGCAAAGCGCUGCGACAUUGGUGAUGCAUCCCGUGGUAGCCUGUCUUCAUAUGCCUAUAUUCUUAUGGUUUUGUACUUUCUACAACAGAGAAAUCCACCAGUUAUUCCAGUUCUUCAGGAGAUAUUUGAUGGAAAACAGAUUCCACAGAGAAUGGUAGAUGGAUGGAAUGCCUUUUUCUUUGAUGACAUGGAAGAGCUGAAGAAGCGUCUGCCUUCUCUUGGAAAGAACACUGAAUCCCUUGGAGAACUUUGGCUGGGGUUGCUGCGAUUUUACACUGAAGAAUUUGACUUCAAGGAAUAUGUGAUCAGCAUCCGACAGAAGAAGCUGUUAACUACAUUUGAGAAACAGUGGACAUCGAAAUGUAUUGCUAUUGAAGAUCCUUUUGACUUGAAUCAUAAUCUUGGUGCUGGAGUCUCUAGGAAAAUGACCAAUUUCAUAAUGAAGGCAUUUAUCAAUGGAAGGAAAUUAUUUGGUACCCCAUUCUACCCAACUGUUGGAAGGGAAGCUGAAUACUUUUUUGACUCAAAAGUACUGACGGAUGGAGAAUUGGCGCCCAAUGACAGAUGUUGUCGUGUCUGUGGAAAAAUUGGUCACUACAUGAAAGACUGUCCAAAGAGGAGGAGGUUAAAGAAAAAAGAGAAUGAGAAAGAUGAUGAAAAAGAAGUGAAAGAAGAUGAUAGAGAAACAAGAGAGAAGAGGUGUUUCAUCUGUGGAGACGUGGGUCACGUUAGAAGAGAUUGUCCUGAAUUCAAACAAGCCCGUCAGAGAAAUAAUAGUGUGCCAAGCAGCCAGUUGGUCCGAAGCAUGGUAAAUUCACAGCUAGUGGCUGUAAGCCAGCAGCAAGUGGAAGGACCCUUGCGCACUAGACAGUCCUCAGAAUGUUCUGAUUCGCAUCAGUCAUCUUAUUCUCCACAACCUCAACAAUUUACACAGAAUUCCUCUCAGCCAGCCUCCAUUAACCAGACUCAGCCACAACCAAUAUCCCAGUCUAAGCACGUUCCACAACCACAGCAGGGUGCACAGCCACCCCAUCAGGUCCAGCUGUCUUUGUUUAACUUUCCCCAAUCUCCCCCAGGUCAGUAUUCUACCUUGCAUAACCUGGGACUACUUCAGAUGCACCAUCACCACCAAAUUCAGCUUCCCAACACUUCGUGGCCUAUUCAUGGGCCUGUUAUUCACUCUGCACCGGGUAACCCUCCUCAUUCUACAAAUGUUCCAUUUUCUAUGAGAUCUGGCAGCAGCGGCACCACAAAUAACCAGAGCAGUGUAAGCUUGAACGAUCCCAGUAUCAUCUUUGCACAGCCUGCUGCCAGGCCCAUGGGAAUCCCCAGCACUUCUCAUGAGGGACACUGGCACAGUCCUGUGACUCCAAACUCACUGGUGAACAAUGGCACUGUGGGGAAUUCAGAUCAGGGUUUCCAAGGACAGUUUGGUAAAAUGAACCCUCCUUCUGUCCCUUGGGACCAUGGGACCCCUACCCAUUUUCCUCUCCUCCGAGGAGCGUGGCCUUACAAUAUGCCUCAGAACUACAUGCAGCAGGGAAAUGCCAGCUAUCCACCGAACAAACCUUUCUACCCUCAAGCUGGUCCACUGAUGCAGAGUAACCAGCGGUUCUCGCUUCUGUCUCAAGGACACCCACACUUGAAUCUGAAUUACAUUCAACAGAAAAAGGUCUUGCCGAAUGCUAACUCCGUUAAGAGAUGCUAGAGCUGAGCUAAUGUGUCAUUUUCUUCCCAGUCAAGAUGUCGUCUGGUUAAAAAAAAAAAAAAA